GUUUGCAGCCAUACACUAAUUACAGCUUCAUGCUUACUGCAUGCACAUCUGCUGGCUGUGCUUCUAGCCAACCAUUUUCAGGUCAAACUUUACAAGCUGCUCCUCAUGGGGUAUGGCCAAAACCUCAUCAUAUCAUAGUCAGCUCAACAGAAGUGGAAAUCUACUGGAGUGAACCAAAGAAACCCAAUGGACUCAUUACUCAGUAUCGAUUAUUUCGUGAUGGAGAACAGAUUUUCCUGGGUGGCAGUCCGGACCUGAAUUUCACAGAUGUUAACCUGCAGCCUAACAGUAGAUAUGUUUACCAGCUGGAAGCCAGCACUUGGGGCGGCAGCAACACUAGUGAUAAAUAUGUUAUACAAACACCAGUAGGAACACCAGAGAAAAUUCAUGUCCCAUAUAAUGUCACAGUAAUUGAUGCAUAUUCUGUAUUUCUAGCUUGGGAUGUGCCAGGGAUAUUCAUUGCCAAUGUGCCUUUGGAAUACAACAUCUUACUAAAUGCGAGCAGUCCCACUCUACUGGUGAAGCCAGCAGGACGUGCACAUUUUGCUUUUGUUGGUGACCUAGAUCCCUACACCCUGUAUGAGAUAAGAAUACAAGCAUGCCAGAAUGCUGUAAACAAUGCCGGGCAGGUUUCAAGCCCCUGGACAUCUGUGCAGACAUUGGAAGCUUCACCCAGUGGCCUGAGCAACUUCACUGUGGAAAAGAAAGAAAAUGGCAGGGCUCUGCUGUUAAAAUGGUCAGAGCCCUCCCAACCCAAUGGCGUGAUUAAGACCUACAAUAUUUUCAGCGAUGAUAACCUGGAGUACAAUGGUUUAUCUCGCCAGUUCCUCUUCAGGCGCCUUGAGCCGUACACUCUCUAUACCCUCAUACUGGAGGCUUGCAAUGCGGCAGGCUGCACUCGUUCUCUACCCCAGCCGGUCCGAACAGAUGAAGCACCCCCAGUGUCUCAGAUGGCACCUGUAAUCCAGGCAGUGAAUGCUACCAAUGUUGAACUGAGCUGGUUGCAGCCAAUUAGUCCAAAUGGAAAAAUAAUUCGCUAUGAAGUUAUUCACAGAUGCACAAAAGAAAGUGCUGCAGGGAACAGAGCAACAACAGAAGAUGAGAAAAUUGUUUUCACAGAAUAUAACACUGGAAGUAAUACAUUCAUGUAUAAUGAUAAAGGUUUACAGCCAUGGACAAGGUAUGAGUAUAAAAUACGCGCCUGGAAUGCAGCAGGCUAUGCUGACAGCUCCUGGACAGUGGCAAAGACUAGUCAAACUGCCCCAAAAGGUCUCACUGCCCCCAGGUUAUCCUUGGUGUCAGUUAACCCCCGUAAAGUGUUAAUCUCGUGGGCCUCCCCAGCACAGCCCAAUGGUAUUCUUCAGUCCUACAGAUUGCUAAAAAAUGAUGUUCUCCAUCCUUUCAGCUUCGAUGCUGCUACUUUCAACUACACGGAUGAAGACUUACUGCCCUAUUCAAUGUACAGUUACGCGAUAGUUGCCUGUACAAUGGGAGGCUGCUCUACCAGCGAACCAGCUGCAAUACGGACACUGGAAGCAGCUCCUGCCUUAGUGGAUCCACCAUCUCUGCAGGCUGUUAGUGCCACUCAAAUUAAUGCAUCUUGGGCACCUCCCCAAAUACAAAAUGGAGAUAUCACCAAGUACAUACUGAAAUUUAACAAUGAAGAGUAUUAUCCUGGCAAAAGUUUGCAAAUGUUUAUUUCUAAUCUACAGCCUUACACACAGUAUGAUUUUGCAUUGGUUGCCUGUACUGCCGGAGGCUGCACAUCUAGUAUAUCCCAGUCAGUGAUGACCAUGGAGGCCCCACCAUUAAAUAUGGAAGCUCCCAGGCUCCUUGUCAUGGGCUCGGAGUCAAUUGAAAUCACAUGGAAACUUCCAGCUAACCCCAAUGGCAAAAUCACAAGCUAUGACCUAAGGAGGGAUGGUGUUCUUGUUUACUCAGGUCUGGAAACUCGGUAUCUUGAUUUCACCCUAAUGCCAGGCAUGGAGUACAGCUACACUGUCACUGCAAAUAACAGUCAAGGGAGUGUGACCAGCCCAUCAGCUCAGAUAAAAACCAACCCCUCUGCUCCAUCUGGGAUGUUGCCUGCUAGGUUGCAGGCAUGGUCCUCAAAGGAGAUUUUGGUGGCCUGGGAUCCUCCUAUCAAAGUAAAUGGUGAAAUUAGAAAUUAUACAAUCUCGAUCCACAAGCCUGCUGAAACAGAAAAGAAAACCAUUGACUUUGAUGCAUCUCAUGUUUCCUUUGUGAGACGGUCGUACAUAGUGGCAGAACUACAGCCCUACAGCAGGUAUGAAGUACAGCUCCAAGCUUGCACAGAGCUGGGUUGUGCCUCCAGCGAGUGGGCAUCAAUACAGACGCUGGAGGCGCCCCCGGCAGUGCAGCCUGCCCCUCUCAUAGAAAUACAGACCAGAGCUGGGGGCUUCCCGUCGACUUCUUCUGUCCUGUGGACUGGCCCACAGCAGCCAAAUGGGAAGAUUUUAUACUAUGAACUUUACAGAAGGCGAACGACUCAAGCCCACAUAAAUUUAGACCUCGCACUUGUUUACAAUGGUUCUUCAACCUCCUUCAAAGAUGACAAGUUGCUGCCUUACACAGAAUAUGAAUAUCAGGUGUGGUCGGUAAACUCAGCGGGACGGACGCCAAGCAGCUGGUCCCGCUGCCGGACGGGCCCUGCCCCUCCUGAGGGCCUGGAAGCUCCCCUUUUUGACACAGUGGCAUCCACAGUGGCUGUGGUGAACAUCAGCCCCCCUCUUAAGCCAAACGGGGUGGUCAGUAUCUACAGGCUGUUUUCUAAUGAUACCAGAGGGACUGAUGUGGUGCUGUCAGAAGGGACUGCCACCCAGCAGACAAUACACGGGCUAAAACCUUUUACCACAUACUCCAUUGGCGUGGAGGCCUGCACCUGUUUCAACUGUUGCAGCAAAGGACCCAUGGCCCAAAUCACCACGCAGCCAGCUCCACCCUCGGAGCAGCCGCCCCCGCAGAUCCGAACCGUGACCUCCAGGAACGCCUCUUUCCAGUGGAGCGCCCCUCAGUCACCCAAUGGCAUUGUUACCAGCUAUGAGCUCCAUGUGUAUAUGGCUUGUCCUCUGAACCUACAGCCAGCAGUGAAGGCUUGCAGUCCUGGCCCAACUGAGGUGAAAUAUACGGGAAAAGGCCAGAGUGCCAACGUGUCCAACCUUGAGCCUUACACGACUUACAACCUGCGAGUCGUGUCUUACAACUCUGUUGGCAGCAGCGCCUCAGAAUGGAUUGGUUUCACUACGGAAAAGGAGCCACCUCGGUACGCGGCUCCAUUCUCCAUUGUCAGCAAUUUAUCCACCAUCCACAUAGACUGGAGUCGCACUUUUGUACUGAAUGGCCGCCUGAAGGAGUACGCGUUAACUGAGAGCGGGCAACGCAUCUACAGUGGCUUUGACACUGAGCUGUACUUACCAAGGACAUCUGACAAAACCUUUUCAUUUCAAGUGACCUGCAUCACUGAUGAAGGGAGCGCCAUGACACCAGUCAUCAAGUACAGCGCUGGAGAUGGAGUUGGUCUGAUCUUGACAACACCUGGAGAGAAGGACAAAGCAGAGUCCAAACGUACAAAAUUCUACAACGAGUUGUGGUUUGCAGUGCUGAUGGUAGUUCUAGGUUUGAUCCUCUUGGCUAUUCUCCUCUCCUUAAUUCUUCAAAGAAAAGUCCACAAGCAACCCUAUGCACGAGACAGACCUCCUUUAGUUCCACUCCAGAAACGAACGUCACCAAUGAGUGUGUACUCAUCAGGUGAAACCCAUCCGGGGCUGGCAGAUACAAAAAUUCCAGGAGCUGGUUCUCCCACAAGCAACCAUAGUGUCCAUAUCGCAUCUGGGACAAGGAGACCAAGUCAGAGCCAGCUAAGUCGCACAUAUUCCCAAGCCUCUCUUCAUCGUAGUGUCAGCCAGCUGCUCGACCUCUAUGACAAAAAGUCUCUUGUUGAAGAGUCACCCUGGGAUGCCAUUAUUCGCAAUCAUCGCAAUACUGGUCAUGGCUUG